AUGUAUGCGGAGAUUGAGCGCAGCUCGUGCUCGUUUGUCGGAGAAAAUAAGACGUCCAAGUGCCGGACGGUUCAACGAGCCAUCCUCUGCGAUGAUGGACGGUCCGAAGUAGCGAUGGAUGAGCCAAAGCGCUGGCUUGCCAGGUUCUACUACCUCUCGAGCUAUGGCAUCGGCAUCAAUCACGCAGACAUCGGCAGACCUCCAGAGCGAGGCGACCGAGGUCUUGCCGCUUGCGAUUCCACCUGUCAAACCGACUAUUCGCGGCAUCGCGAGUUCGCAACGAUUUCAAUCUCAGCAACAACAGCACCAGAUGCACCUGGCCACCGGACGGUGAAGUGA